GUUCAGUGCUCAAUUAAUAACGGGUGCUUGUCUCAGAGAGGUUUGCUUUGGAUAACAUUAGUGAACUUCUGAUAUAGUUCUACCGAAUUUCUUCUGAUAAGAAGUCACACCCAGGUUUCAGUUUCCAGGUCUCCAUCCAAACCAAUCAGAUUCAACAGGAUAUCAGGCGAUUUCAAGAUCCCAACCUAUAAAACAGAAGGUUCCCCUGACUCUCAUCAUUAGUCUGACCACAGAAGGUCCCUGCACUUCUUACCGGUCUGAUAUUGUCUGUCAACUCUUCAACUUGUGAGUCCCCAUCUCCAGAAGAACCUCCACAUUACAGAAACCAGGCCACCACUGCUUUCUUCGUUUGUGUGUCUCUGGACUAUCAGGAAGGUUAUUAAACAUGGCGACGUCACUCUAUUUAAUUGGUGGACAGGGUGGCUAUUCAUUUUCUUUGAAUGGCAUUGGCAAUGGUGCCACCCUCAAGAAGAUUGGAGUGGCAGUGGGCGGCUGGCAGAUCAAAGCCGUGCGGGCUGAACUGACCGACGGGCGUGUGCAGACCUUUGGAAAUGCGCACACUUUCAGUGAGUUUACGUUCAACCUUGGCGAGCGCAUCACCAAGCUGUCCCUGUGGGGGAAUGGAGCCGGGUCACGUCUAGGUGGCAUCAGGUUCUGGACGAGUUCUGGACGAGAGUUCUUCGCACACAUGACUGACUGGCCCCUGAAGACUGAGUACUCUAUAGAUGUUGGGUCUGGAAUCUGUCUGGGGUUGGAGGGGAGAGCUGGCUCAGACAUCGACUGUAUGGGGUUCCUCUUCAUCAAUGCCAUCAAGUCGUCUGUGCUAACCAACAUGACCUAUCCCAGCCUGGCCUUGUACACACCCCAGGUGAGUGGUACUAUGUGUGGAUCACCUGAGUCCCAAUAUGGCAAGAUAAGUGCAAUACGUUUUAAUAAUUUUUUUUCUCUAUUAACUCCAACAAGCAAUUGA